AUGUCAGACGACAAUGUUAUUAUUUUCGACACGACCCUGCGAGACGGCGAGCAGUCGGCGGGCAUCGGGCUGACCACUCAGGAGAAGCUGGUGAUUGCGCGGCAGUUGGACAGGCUGGGCGUCGAUGUUAUCGAGGCAGGCUUUGCUGCGAGUUCACCCGGCGACUUCGAGGCGGUGCAGGCGAUAGCGCGUGAGGUGCGCCGCCCCGUGAUUGCGUCUCUGGCGCGCUGCGUGCUGCCCGAUGUGGACGCCGCGUGGAACGCCAUCAAGGACGCUGAACGCCCGCGCAUCCAUGUGUUCAUAUCCAGCUCUGAUGUGCAGAUAAUGAACCAGCUUCGUAAGAACCCCGAAGAGGUUAUGGACAUGGCGAUAGCCUCAGUGGAGCGCGCCAAGAGCUACUGCGACGAUGUGGAGUUCUCGCCGAUGGACGCCACACGCACGGACAUCGAGUAUCUCUAUAAGAUGCUGGAGGGCGCGAUAGCGGCCGGCGCAACUACUAUCAACAUUCCCGACACUGUGGGCUAUGUCAUGCCCUGGGAGUUCCGUGAGCGUAUCAGGCUCAUCAAGGAGAAUGUGCCCAACAUCGACAAGGUGACGCUAAGCGUUCACUGCCACAACGACCUUGGGCAGGCGGUCGGCAACAGCCUCGCCGCCGUAGCCGAGGGCGCGCGGCAGGUCGAGGGCUGCAUCAACGGGCUGGGCGAGCGUGCAGGAAACGCCGCGCUGGAAGAGGUCAUCAUGGCGCUGGAGACGCGCAAGGACCUGUACGGCGUCUCCACGAAUGUGAACACUCGCCAGAUUUACCGCACCAGCCGUCUGGUCAGCGAUAUCACCGGCUUCGCGGUGCAGCCGAACAAGGCGAUAGUGGGCGCGAACGCCUUCCGCCACGCCUCCGGCAUCCACCAGGACGGUGUGCUGAAGGAUCGUACCACAUUUGAGAUUAUGGAUCCGCAGUCGAUAGGCUGGCCGAGCAACGAACUUGUGCUGGGCAAGCUCAGCGGCAGGGCAGGGCUGCGGUCACGACUGGACGACCUGGGCUAUCACCUGGAUCAAGAAAACCUGAACGAGGCGUUCGAGCUGUUCAAAAACCUCGCAGACCGCAAGCCCGAGGUUACGAACGCCGACCUGGUUGCUCUGAUGUCCAGCCAGCGCCGAAUCGCGGAUGUGCCUGCCGUCUAUUCACUGGAGCAUGUUCAGGUAACCUGCGGCAAUCACGAUGUGCCGACCGCGACGGUCACGCUUGUUGACAGCGAUGACAACUCCAGCACGGACGCCGCCAUAGGCACAGGCCCGAUAGACGCGGUGUACAAGGCGAUCAACCGAAUCAUCGAUGUGCCGAACAGGUUGACAGAGUACCGCGUGGAUGCCGUUACCGAGGGCAUCGACGCUUUGGGCGAUGUUACCAUUCGCAUCGAGAAGGACGAGCGUGCGUACGUCGGGCGCGGCUCGGACACCGACAUCAUAGUCGCCAGCGCCAAGGCGUACAUGAACGCGCUGAACCGCCUCAUUGCCACCGAAGAUAUGCGCCCCACUGAGGAAAUGCCCAUCUCCUAG